AUGCUCCUACCAGCUACCCACAGCCUCAGUCGCAAACGAUCACGUUCAAACACGCUGGGAGACGAAGGACUACGACCUCAUUGCGACCUUUCAACAGCUCACCCGAUUCUAGAUAUCUCGAACGACGUAUUUAGAUCCCUCGAUAUCAGAUUCAAGAAGAGCAAGCCUGAGGGGGUGCUCGAAAAUGCGAUUGCAAAUGGCAACAUUCCCCACGGCGACAUCGCAACCAACCACAGCACCGAAGGCAGCAGGGCCAGAAAUGAGGGUCUCACAGAUGAAGGUAUUGCAGACGACGAGAGCACAUAUGAGCAUCCUGGUCUUGAUGUUAUUAGUGUUGACCUGUCAACCUCGACACCUGAAUGGGUUCCGCCUAAUCUGACUUUUCAGACCGUAGAACGCCUCGAUCUUCAAGACUUUUCAACAUCUUCAAUGGACUUUAUACAUUUCCGCGAACUUAAAGGGAGAAUCAGUCACUGGCGCGAGUUUCUAGAACAGGUCUUUAACGUCUUGAAACCCGGAGGGGUUGCAGAGUUCCACGAAGAAGCCAUUAAGCUUAAAGGAGAGGAAGAGUUACCAAAGGAUGGUUUUAUGGUGCAAUGGGGAGACCUAUUCAGAGAGGCUGGUGCAAGGCGAGGGGCGGAUUUCGAGAUGAUCGGCUCCAGACAACAGCUUAGUUUGCUACAGGAUGCCGGCUUCAGUGACAUCAAGAGAAACCGCUACAAGGUACCGAUUGGGCCUUGGCAUACAUCGCUGCAGCAGCAGGAGUUAGGAAGGUUAGCUUGGAAGGCAUUUACUUAUGACAUAGAAGGGUCCAUCCUUCGUCCAGCCAUUGAGAAUCUGGGAUGGAGUGAGGAGGAAUGUCAGCUGUUUGCUGCAAAUUUGCGCAAUGAGUUGCAGAUGACAACAGUCAAACCUUAUAUGACACAUUUUAUAGUUGUGUGCACGAAGCCAUAG